UAAAUAUUUGAGGUUAUGUACUGCUUGUUUAUUAAUUUAUAUGUGUUGGUGUUUACUGUUUAGUUCUUACCACAAUAUUGUAUAAAUUGUUACAUUUAAUUAACAAAUUUAGUUGGUACAGUUAAAAUGUCAUCAGACACAGGUUCAGAUGACAUGGAUUCAAAUGUGAAUAGAGGCCCCGCUCCAACGCCUGGCCAUGGAUUGGAUAGAUCUGCUUCAAAUUCUCCAACCUUCGACAAAUCGAGAGACGUUAGCCAAUCAAGAGAUUCCAGAAGUAGGUCCAGAUCGGCUACACCAGGUUCACGUACAUCUGGUUCCCCGAGAUCUCAAAGAUCCGGCUCCGGGGACUCCAGAAGAUCGGGUUCUCACGUCUCCAGAAAAUCAGGAUCGCACGUUUCUCGACGGGAAUCCCACGCUUCCCAGAAAUCAGGAUCGGUAGCUUCAAGGGCUUCGAAUAGGUCAAGGUCUGGUUCUAGCGGUUCGAAAAGAUCUAAUUCAUCCGGUUCCAACAAAUCAGGUUCUCGAUCAAGAUCUGGCUCACCAGCAUCAAAAAGAUCAGGCUCUGGGGCUUCCCAUAGGUCCGCUUCGAAUAAGUCCAGGUCGAGUUCAAAUGCAUCUAACAGGUCUAGAUCAGGUUCGAACGCGUCUAGAUCUGAUUCGAACGCUUCGAAAAGAUCCAGGUCUGGUUCUGCUGCCUCUAGAAGGUCCAAGUCUGGAUCAGUUGUUUCGAAACGAGUCAGUAAAUCAAGAUCCAGAUCUCGAUCGAAAGGAUCGGACCGCAGUGGCUCGAACAGCCCUAACUUACAGAUAGACGAAGGCGAAAAAAGGGGAAGGGAGAGCUCGGAGGAAAGAAUUACGAAGAGAAGGAAAGCUGCUGCGUCUGAUAGCGAAGAUGGAGGUGGUGGAGGCGAUAAAGAGAAAGUGGAUGCUGCUGAUAUUUUUGGAGAUGCAGAUGAUAUUAGUAGUGAAGACGAAAAGGCCGAAGAAAAAGCAGCCUCGGAUUCGGGUAGAAGGUCUCGUUCGGACGAUGAAAGACGAUCUAGGUCUAGGUCGAGAUCCAGAUCGAGAUCAGGAGAUGAAGGAGACCAGCAGAAAGUUGUGGCCGAUGAAGAAGAGAAGGAAAAUGAACCUGAAGUAAUACCAGAGACGAGAAUCGACGUAGAAGUUCCUAAAAUAAGCUGCGACUUAGGUAAAGAUAUACAUUUCGUUAAAUUGCCGAAUUUCUUAUCGGUAGAGACCAGACCUUUCGAUCCCGAAACGUACGAAGAUGAAAUAGACGAAGAGGAAACACUCGAUGAGGAAGGAAGAGCUAGAUUAAAACUAAAAGUAGAAAAUACUAUAAGGUGGAGAGAAUAUAUGGACGACGAUGGGAAUAUAAAGAAGGAAUCAAACGCUAGAAUGGUUCGUUGGUCAGAUGGUUCCUAUAGCUUGCAUUUGGGCUCUGAAAUUUUUGAUGUGUACAGACAACCUUUACAAGGCGAUCACAAUCAUUUGUUCAUUCGCCAAGGAACAGGUCUACAAGGUCAAGCUGUGUUCAGGACAAAGCUGAGCUUCAGGCCUCAUUCGACAGAGAGUUUCACACACAGAAAAAUGACUCUUUCAUUAGCAGAUAGAUCAACUAAAACGAGCGGCAUUAAAAUCGUGUCUCAAGUCGGAUUCGAUCCUGAUCUCGACAAAGCGACAAGAUUAAAGAAAGAGGAAGAAAAAUUAAGACAAACUGCUGCGAAACAAAAACCUACUAGAAAGAAGACCGACAGUGCGGCCAGAUCUCACGCUAACAGUUUUACUAGAGAGGAAGAUGAAGAAGAUGAUGAAGGAGCUAUUUCAUUAAACGCCAUUAAAAGCAAAUAUAAAGGUGGAAAUAUACCUAAAGGCGGGGCAAUUUACUCAUCUGACGAAGAAGGUUCGGAUAUUGAAAAUAGCAGGACAAAGAAGAAAGGUAAAUUAGGGAAUGCUCUUAAAGAUUCUGAUGAAGAUGAGGAAGAGAAUAGUGAGAGUGAUUAGAACAGGAACCUAAUGUAGGAUUAAAGUAGCCACUAAUUUAUUUUUCAAGUUUAAAUAAUUAGGGGAUAAUUGUGUUUAGUUUAUACAUAUUUCAAAACAAAUAUUUUAUUUCAUUAGUGUAUUUUAUAACGAAAAAUGAAAUAAUACAUAAAAAUACAAAUUUAUUGUAGGCUAUAGGUACUUUUUUAAUUGUAUUAACAAAAAUUUAUAAGGACUGUAUUCAUACUUAUCUUUUAAUGAAUGUAAGAUAAAACAGUAUGGAAUAAAAUGUGAAAAUGGUACUUAAUUACGAUAAAUUGCUACUAAUCCUCUCCAGCAGGCAUGGCAUCUUCGAGUCUUCUGAUAAACUUUACUCGGAUUUCCGUAUUUUGAUCACCUUUUAGCUGAUCCUGUAAGAAAUUGCAUAAAUUAAACCAUUACAUAUAAAAAGAAAAUUAGUUUACCUGAAUAAUCCAACAUUGAACAUCUAAUUGUACCAUUUCAAGCGCCCCUCUGAUAGCACCACAAAUUAUAUUGCAAUACUUUAAAGAUUUAAUAUCGUCUGGAAGUUCAACGAAUUCUGUAAGCGGGUUGUUGUCCAAUAUAAAGGAGAAUUCGUCUCCCGAUGGACUCCAAUUAGUAACAUUCGGUUGAAUCCCUAAGUACAUUUUGAAAGCACUUUGAAUUUUGUCUGCCGUGUCUUUCAAGUCUUGACACCUCCCCGUGUUUGUUUUGGCUAGAAAGUCUUCGAUCAGUCUAAUGCCCAUGUUGUAACCGAGCCGCUCCAGUUGCUUCGAUACAUCAUCCACAUUAUCCACAUCUUUAAUCAUUUGCGCCACCAA